AUGGCCUUAUGGUUUCAAAUUUUACAAUCUCUUACAUUUAGAUUCUCUGGCAAGUUAGUAACUUUCCAGUCUAGGAAAUAUUUAGGCUACGGUGUAACAAUAACAGAAACACCGUAUUUAAUAUUAGGAGCAGAUAAUCAUAUUUAUAAACAGAAUUUGAUUGAUAUUAUUAGUUUACCAGAUAAACUACACGAAACUUCUUCUGAUUAUAUUACAAUUACAGGAAUUGGUGUUCAUAUUAAAAAACAACAUCUAUUAGUGAGUGAUUCGACUGGAAAAGUUGAUUUGGUGCCACUUGGUUCUGACAAGUUAGACAGGAAAACAGAUCUGUAUCCCAGUCUGUUAAAACCUACAACAAUUACUAUAGACUGGUUAAAUGAUACAGCUUUUAUCAUCAGUAGAAAUCGGAUAUAUUCCUGUCCUCUAUAUAAGGAGAAUGAUCAAUGUGUGGUGGUCAUUGAUGGUUUGGACACUCCACCAACUGAUGUCAAGGUUGAUCCUCUCAAUGGAUACCUUUAUUAUUGUGAUGGUAGAGGAAUAUUUCGUUUGGAUCUGGCCGAUGUUGGAACUGGAGAAUUAUCAAGUCAAACACAGAUGGUUUAUGACGAUAGCAUCAAAUCCUUCGCACUGGAUUUUAGUAAGAUGCAGCUGUAUUACCCUAAUGAAACUCAGAAUACUAUGAUGUCUGUGUAUUUUGAUAGAAGUGAAGUGAAUAAUAUAAGACCACCAUCUGAAUCGAGUCGUUUCAACUUCUCCAACAUGUUUUCUAUUGCUACGUAUCAAGGGCUGUUUUAUUGGACCACCCGUAAUGAUGUGAAGCGAGAAGAAUUUGAUAAACGAUAUGAUAUUUUUCGUCAGAAUAAUUUCCUGUUUUUUAAUGAUAAAUACAGUAAUAUUAAUAUUUAUCAUCCAACAACACAGCCUGAACCAGUGCCCUACACACCACCUACAGAUAUCCAAGCUUUAUUUAAUUCUCAUUCUGCUCAGAUUAGUUGGAAAUCACCAUCUAAACUAGAAUACCAAGGAAGAGGAGCCUGGAAUCAAUGGAGUUAUGAAAUUGAGAUUUUCUAUGAAAUUAAGAAAGGGAAAACAAAACGAUUAGCACAUAAAGUUAGCGAGACAACACUGUCAGUGAAUAGAUUACAUCCUGAUACACAAUAUUCUAUACAGUUACGUGCUGUAUCAAACACUGGACAAGGACCAUGGUCUCAAUUCUUUGUUGGUCGCACUCUGAAAUAUGAACCAAUACCAGUUAAAGUUUAUUUAGCAUUAAAAAGAGAAAUAUUAGAACAUGAUUUAAGUGAAUAUAAAGUAGAGUCCUUACGUCAUGUAGUGUCUCCUAUUACUGAUAUAUCCUGGUAUAAUAACCAUGUGAUGUGGACCAACUCUGAUGGUAAACUAUUACUGUAUAACAAACAAACCAGACAACAAUCUGUGAAUAAUCAUGCCCAGUUUGCCACUUGUCUUACAUUCGAUUGGCUGGGACAGAAAAUAUUUUGGUCUGAGCCUGAUAGAAAUACAUUAGUGAAAAUACAAAGUGGUUUAUGGGUAAAUAGUGUGAUAAGAAGAUCUGAUUUAAAUGGUAUAGUAAGUGAGUCUAUAUAUCAGACGUCUGCUAGAGAUAUGACUAUUGACUCUAUAGCAGGAAGAUUAUAUUGGGCAACAACUAAUACCAUAGAAUCAACAUACCUCAAUGGUGAUGAUCCUACACAGAUAUUUAUGGUGGAAUUCUUCUCUGGAUACCAUGUUAUAAGUUUAGCUUUGAACUUUGACCUUCAGAAGGUCAUCUGGUUUGUCAAAAGUUUUGAGAGUCAAGAUUUGUAUAUGGCUGACUUAGUUGGAUUAAAUGGGGCCAAUUCAAAGCUGUCAUCAACUACUGCUAAGAAAUAUGGUGACUUCCGUAGUAUUUCAAAAUCAUCUGGUUUACAAUAUUAUUCUAAUCAUUUAUUCUGGUUGGAUCAAACUGAGUCAGUAGUUGUUGGUGAUCACGAAGGAAAUUAUUCCUCAGUUAUUUCCCCUGCCAACCAUUAUAUCUCGUCAUUCGCUGUCAGUCAUCCUUCAUUACAUAGAUAUCCAGGUGGAAUGAAUGCCUCAACCACAGUUGUAAUUCCAAACCCUAUGUCAGCAUCAGAUCUCUCAGUUGUUGGUAAUUGGUCAAAGUUCAAUCUUACAUGGAGACCAUCAGCAGAAGUGAAUCAUGGAGAAGUUUUAUAUAAGCUGUAUAUACAAAUUAGACAUUAUGCCAAACACAUUAUAACAAAAGAUACAGCACACACUAUAGAAGGCUAUUCGCCUUAUACUCAGAUGACAGUUACAAUACAACCAUAUACAUAUUGGGGGUAUGCUGACUCUGUUACUAUACCAUUAAGAUCUCCUAUGUCAGUUCCUGAAGCUCCUUUAACACCAAGGGUAUAUGUAACUCAACAUAAAAAUGCUACCACAGCUCAACAAUCUUUAGCUGCUGAUUUUCGCUGGUCGACACCUGGUAUUAUAAAUGGUAUAUUACAGUAUCAUAAUGUAUUUUAUUGGGAGAGAGAUCAGAUGGAUGUAAAAUCUAUUAGAGUUCCUGGAACUGCUCGACACUUUAUAAUGAACCCCCUGGCACCCAAUAAAACAUACUUCUUUAAGGUUGAGGCUUGUACAGAAGUUGGAUGUGGUCCUUCAUCAGAUAUAGUUUCUGCUAAAACAGAUGCUGUAAAUCCAGUUCCCAAGUUACUGAUAGCAACAAAGACAGCUGUAAGAAUAUCAGAAAUGGAUGAUCAUCUCAACUCUACAGUCAUGUUACCCAGUGUUUCACCAUCAGCAAUGGCAUUCUUAGCUCAAGAUGAUAGAACAUUCUGGAUUGAAAGGUCAAAUUCAUUAUUUGUUUCUAAAGAAGCAACACAAAUACCAUUAAUGCAGUUAAACAAUUCAGUUAAAGAUAUGACUAUGGACUGGGUCAGUAGGACAUUGUAUAUAGUAGAGGAAGGAAAGGGUGGAGAGAGUGAUAGAAUUAUGGGAUACCAUGUCGAUCAGCAGAAAUAUCAAUUAGUUAUAAAUAGAAACACCACUAUUGGAAGUGUUCUUUCAGAUCCUUAUACAAGUUCAUUAUUCUGGACAGAAAUAGACAAGAAUGGUAAAGGACAGUUAUUCCAGAGCAAUAUAAAUGGAACUAAUGUAGAAGCUAUACUGGGGAAUACAGGAGCUGGUGAGAGGAGAAAACGUAGCUGUAACUGUGAAGAUGAUAUAAAUGUAUCACCAUUGAUCUCUAUGGACUAUACUGAUGAUGGUUCAACAGAGAUAGUUAUUGUGGAUAUGAAAAGAAGAUCUAUUAUAGCUACUGAUGUACAUGGUUGUGUCUGUCGAGAAAUUUAUAAAGCUUCAAAUUCACAGGAUAAUGGUUUACCACCAGAUCUAAUAGCUAUAGACCAUAUGAGAGUUUACUGGUAUAACACUAGAGAUGAGAAACUAUAUAGUAUUUAUAAAGAAAGUGGUACAGGUUAUAUAGAGUUAAAUCAACCAGAUAUUAAUGAUAUGGUAGCUUAUGGUGCACAUCUCCAACCUCUUCCAGAUUCAAUCUGUUUGGAUCCAGGAGCAUACAAUGGUUCAGUAACAGGUAUCAAGAUUACCAAUUCAUCUGUUACAUUACAACUGGAAGAAGUAAAGAGACCAACAGCUUGUCAUGGUAUUAGUUUACCCAUAGAUAAGUUUACUAUAUAUUACCGUAAACAGGAUUCACCUACUGAUGGAACUAGUCCACUACCAGAUUGUUCUAAUGAUCCUGAUUCUUGCCAAUCUGUGGAAUCUUACAAGAAAGAAGUGACUAUAGAAAGACUAGAUGUUUAUAGUGAUUAUAUAUUUCAAGUAGCUGUUAGUAAUUACUAUACAGAAUAUUUAUCUGAAGCUCUCGGCAAGCGAUUCCAAUAUUCUACUCUUCAUGGAGCUCCAUCAGAAGCUAGGAAUGUAUCAGCUGGUCCAUUGUCAUUUCAAGAAGUAAGAGUCAACUGGCUACCACCAUUGAAAGCUAAUGGACCUAAAGAUGGUAUAUCAUGUAUUGUGGCUUGGUCCACUGUUACUGAUGAUGGGGUUCAUCUUAAAGGUCAAACUAAACCAGGUUCUGUAAGGAAAGACAGGAAGACCAGAUUUCUGUAUUCUGUUGUUUCUGAACUUCUUGCUAACCAAACCUAUAAUGUCAAGGUUCUAUGUUAUGACUAUGAAGGUAAGCAGUACAGUGAAAGUGAAGUUGUGUCUGUUACGACAUGUGAGCUGCCCAAUGAUAUAGUACUAAAGAAUGUUACACCAUCAUCUAUUCUUAUCAACUGGACAUCACCUUCUGAUAAAUGUGUUACAAGACAUAAUAUUCUGUAUGAACAGAUUAUAAUCAACGGUGAUGGAAUGACUGAGAUCAUUCCUGGAGAAUAUUACCUGCCAAAAACAACCAGCACUAACACAUCUUACAAGUUAUUGGCAGAAGGAUUGGAACCUUUCACCAAGUAUAGAUUCUUUAUUCUACUAUCAUAUAGAUUUGCACCUAUUAGUGUAAUCCAGUGGCCUAUUGGGGAUAAAUUUAGAUUCAUGUUUCAAACACUUAGUGAUAUACCAGGAGAACCACUACCACCAAUUAUUAAUGAAGUUAAAGAAGGAUCACAUGAUGUGGAGUGGCAAGCACCUGUUGAUCAUGGUGCUCCUAUUGAACUUUAUAAAUUAGAGUCCAGUGAAUCUGAUAUGGAAGGCUGGGAAGUAGUAUAUAAUGGUAGUAAAGAAAGAUGGAAUAUGGACUAUGAGAUGUUUGUACCAGGUGUUCAGUAUAUAUUCCGUGUCACUGCCAAAAACUCUAAUGGCUGGGGACCUACAAGUUUAAACAGCAGCACAUUUGUAGCACCAAGUAUUGCAGCAUCAAGUAGUGAUGAAGAGUUUACUAUAAUAGUUGCUGUGUCUGUAGCUGUUAUUUUAUUGUUUAUUAUUAUUGUGGUGGCAAUUAUAAUUUGUUUAGUAAUGAGAAGGAGACAGUUGGAGAAAGCAAAGAAACCUAGACCAUUUGUUAUUAGAGGACCUGAUGUAGAGCUAGCCACUUUAAGAGAGUUACCUCUGACAGCAGUCCAACAGAGCAAUACACUAUAUGCUUUCAGUAUUGUGCCAACAGAUGAAGAUAUCGCAGCUCUCCCCUAUCUUCGCCGUGAUCAAUUAGUGUUGACCAGGUUUCUGGGUAGUGGAGCUUUUGGUGAAGUAUUUGAAGGUGUUGCUAAAUAUCUCAAUGAUGCUGUUGGUGACACAAGAGUUGCUGUUAAAACAUUAAGAAAGAAUUCAUCUGAUCAAGAAAAAGAUGAGUUUUUAAAAGAAGCUGUAUUGAUGAGUAAUUUUAAACAUGAUCAUAUAUUAAGUUUAUUGGGUGUAUGUUUGGAUAAUGACCCACAGUUUAUUAUAAUGGAGUUAAUGGAAGGUGGUGAUUUAUUGUCAUAUUUAAGAUGCUGUAGAGCCACAAUAUCCAGUCCACCCAGACUAUACCUACCAGAUUUAGUACGGGUUUGUGUAAAUGUGGCCAGUGGCUGUGAAUAUUUAGAAGGCAUGCAUUUUGUUCACAGAGAUUUAGCUGCUAGAAAUUGUUUGGUAUCCAGUAAAAACCCCAGUGAUAUGGUGGUGAAGAUUGGAGAUUUCGGUUUAGCUAGAGAUAUCUAUAAAAAUGAUUAUUAUCGUAAAGAAGGGGAGGGAUUAUUACCAGUUAGAUGGAUGUCUCCUGAAUCAUUAGUUGAUGGAGUAUUUACAACUCAUUCUGAUAUUUGGGCAUUUGGAGUACUAAUGUGGGAAGUAAUAACAUUAGGGCAGCAACCAUACCCAGCUAGAACUAAUGUAGAAGUUUUACAGUUUGUACGAUCUGGUGGUAAACUAGACAAACCUGAUAAAUGUCCAGAUGAAAUAUAUUCUUUAAUGGAAAACUGUUGGAGUUUUGAUGCCCAUAAUAGACCUUCCUUUGCCAGUAUAUCGUUAAAAUUAAAACAGAUACAGGAACAGUGUGGUGAGAUGUCUCCUGAACAGAUCUUACAAUCUUCUCCACAAACAUUAGAUGGGGGUGGAUCCGUGCGGCUAACGCCAACAAGCAAGAAAAAGCGUCUGAGGAGCUUAAUGGGUUUAGUUGAAGAAACACAUGAAAAGGCUGUAGACUUGUCAUCCAGACAAAGAAUGAAGAGAACUGUUUCUUACGAUUCAUCUCAACCAACCUAUACACAGAUAGCCCAGGAUCCUUAUACAGCUGACCUUCUGGAUCAUCUAGGCUACCUCAAUCCUAGAGCUAAAACUAGCGAUCAAUACUUAAAAUUACUCAAUCAAGCACCAGAACUUGAAAAAUAUGGCUUGUCAUCACACCAAACUGCUCAUUCAGUUCAAACUGAAAUUCCUCUUCCAUAUCACCAGAUAACCUCACAACCAGAUUCUCAACGUUCCAGAAAUCCCAGUUCUUCUUCUUCCAAUCCCCCGCCGUAUAGCUCAGUGCGUAACACCACUAACGGAACACCUAUACCUACUCCAAGACAAUCAUUAAGCUCAAACAAAUCUAGAAGUCCACGCCCUUCUACAGGAUCUGAUGAAACGCCAUAUUACCACACAAAUUAUAACAGAGAGACGUCAGAACAGGAUAAUGAACAUUAUUUAAGACCAGUUAUAAGUAGACAAUCUAGUGAAUCCCCACCUCAUUCUCCAGCUACAUGUGUUGAUUGUUCUACCAGUUCUCCUUGCAUAGAGUGUUCGACCGAUGCGCCGUGCAUUGAGUGCUCUACCAGUACUUCUUGUGUUGAUUGUACCACAAGUUCUCCUUGUGUGGACAAUAAAAACAUCUUGUACUCCCGUAUAAAAGACAAGAAUCACUCGAAUAACAACUCUGAGAAAUCUGUGAAGGACAAUUCUGACUAUAUUAAUUAUCAUGGCGGAAGGUCACGUGCUCAGGUGUUUCCAGAACCAGGAUCAGUUCUGGCUGGGUUUGAGGUUUCUCAGGCAAGUCUUGUCUGA